AUGAAAAUUGUGGAGCAAUGGAAAUUGUGCCAGCUGAGCCUUAACGAACACAGACAAACGCGCUGCCGUUUCAAAGGCCACUGCAACGUUGGUAACUGCAGGGAACGUCACCACUCACUCAUUCAUCCGACGAAUUCAAUUGCACCGCUUUCAACAAACUGUCUCAUUCAUAAUUCGGAACAACAUCCCGUCAUCUUCCGAGUAGUUCCAAUUAAACUUUAUAACGGGAAGCGAACUAUGGACGUCAUCGCUUUCUCAUCGUAUUCUCUGAUGGAAAGCAGCGUUGCUGAUCAUAUGAAUUUAGGCGGUGUCUGGAAACCAAUAAUCGUGAAGUGGACGGCUGGCAUGAGCCGACUGGAACUAGAUUCAAAAUCCAUCGAUGUGUCGGUUUCUGCAAAAGGAUCAAAGGAAAGGUUUCUUCUUCGCAAUGUCCAUACGGUACAGCAGCUGCAAUUGCCGGAACAGAAGAUACGAUUUGCAGAGGUAACGAAUCGAUUCAAGCAUCUCUACGGUCUGCCGGUGGCUGAUUGUCUGGACGGUCCUCCCAGGAUUCUCAUCGGUCUCAAACAUCUGCACGUGUAUGCACCACUUGAGUCGCGCAUUGGCAAACCUGGCGAACCAAUAGCAGUACGAACGAAACUUGGUUGGACAAUAUACGGCCCUCAAGGCAACGAUGAUCCAUCUGCCGGUUCCACUGGUCAUCACGAAUCUGGUGAACUAACAGACCAGGAUCUGCGUGAACUUCUCCGAAAACAUUUUACUUUGGAGGAGUCUGGAAUGUCCGUCAUAGUGCUUCCAGAAUCAGACGAAGACCGCAGAGCCAGAGAACUACUGGAAAAAACAACCAUCCGUGUCGAUGACCGCUUCGAGACGGGGCUCUUAUGGAAAGAUGACAACCCGCAACUACCAGACAGCUUCCCGAUGGCGCUAAAGCGUAUGAAAAGUUUGGAGCGGAAAUUGGCGAAAAAUCCACAGCUUGAACAGAAUGUGAAAAAUCAAAUUGAGGAGUAUCAACUUAAAGGGUACACCCACGUCACAACGCCGAAGGAGUUAUCGGAAGCAGAGCCAGGUAAGGUCUGGUUCCUUCCACUAAACGUUGUCUUAAAUCCCAAAAGGCCGGAAAAGGUCCGGUUGGUUUGGGACGCAGCGGCAUCUGUCCAAGGAAAGUCUCUCAACUCCGUGUUGUUAAAAGGCCCCGACCUUCUCACCAGUCUCCCAUCAGUACUGUGUCCUUUCCAUGAACGCCCUGUCGCUUUCGGGGGUGAUAUUGCGGAGAUGUAUCACCAAUUUAAAAUACGUGCGGACGACAAAUCAGCGCAAAUGUUCGUUUUUCGACCGAGUUCAUCCGGUCCUCCGGUGAUUUACAUAAUGGAUGUCGGCACUUUUGGUUCCACCUGUUCGCCAUGUUCGGCGCACUACAUUAAGAACCUAAACGCGAAGGAUUUUGUCGAUCAGUUCCCUGAUGCUGUCAAGGCAAUUGUCGACAAGCAUUACGUCGACGAUUACCUUGAUUCCACAUUCACGGUGGGUGAGGCUAUAAAGCGGGCCAGUGAGGUUGCUGUGGAGUCCGCCGUUACUGCUGACAAUCGCCCGAGCAUCGCGGAGCUACAUGACACACGUCCUGCCUGUGGGACUGCUGACGGAUGA